CUGCAACAUAAAGUAAAAUUGCCCACAAGUUUUACCUGAUAUAUAUAUUAUCAUAUCACUAUCGUAUAGCUCUGUUGCGCAAUUAAUUGAUGUGUGCAUUACAUUUAAGUUUCGCAAAACUUGCAGCCUAGCGACGAACCCUGAUGAACUCUAGUCAAUAGGAGAAUUAUCGGUCAUGGCUUCUUUAUUUGAGAGACCAUCACUGGUGUUCGGUGCCGCUAUUGUCUUACGCGCUAUUCUUCUUGUUUAUGGCGCCUGGCAAGAUGCCCACUCAGCCGUCAAAUACACCGACAUUGACUACAUGGUUUUCACCGACGCAGCCCGGUAUGUUUCGAAGGGCGCUUCACCAUACGCUCGAGAUACGUACCGGUACACACCUCUUCUCGCAUGGAUGCUUCUACCAACCUCCUGGGAUGGUUUCUUCUCUUUUGGCAAAGCUCUUUUUGCUAUCUCUGACGUGGUGGCCGGAUGGCUCAUCGUGAAAGCGCUCACAUCCUUUUACGCCAUGAGCCCGCCACGCGCUCUCAAGUAUGCCAGCGUUUGGCUACUGAAUCCUAUGGUCGCCAAUAUUAGUACGCGAGGAAGCUCCGAGGGUCUCCUAUGUGUGCUAGUCAUUGCCUUGCUCUGGGCUGUCUUGAACAGGAGAAUCACUCUCGCCGGAGUACUUCUUGGGCUCAGCGUACAUUUCAAGAUUUACCCCUUUAUCUACGGGCCGUCUAUCAUCUGGUGGCUGGACGAAGAGCGCGAAGGGCUGAAGGAACCUUCGCAAAAGCAAAAGCCGGAGCAAGAUCGAAGUCUCCUUACUCACAUCUUCAACUUCAUCACACCCUCUCGUCUUCUUCUCACCACCACCGCACUGGCCACCUUCUCCGGUCUCAACAUCUCCAUGUACAUCCUCUACGACUUUCCUUUCGCGCAGCAUACCUAUCUGCAUCAUCUAACUCGCAUCGACCACCGCCACAACUUUUCACCCUACAGUAGCCUCCUUUAUCUCUCCGCUGCUGGAGACGUCCAGGGGAGCUUUGAGUCUUUAGCUUUCAUUCCGCAGUUACUACUCUCUGUCGUCGUUAUCCCAAUUGUUCUAGCCAAAAGAAGCCUGCCAGGUGCGAUGCUAGCCCAGACGUUCGCAUUCGUUACGUUCAACAAAGUGUGCACGAGCCAGUAUUUCCUCUGGUAUCUCAUCUUUCUUCCGUUCUACCUGCCUUCCUCAUCCUUGAUGAAGAAUCCAAGACUGGGCAUUACCGUUACGGCUCUAUGGGUCAUCGCUCAGGCCCUCUGGCUUCAGCAAGGCUACUACCUCGAAUUUCUCGGCUUGUCUAGUUUCGUGCCGGGAUUGUUUCUCGCUAGUUUGGGUUUCUUUGCCGUGAAUAUUUGGAUUUUGGGUAUUAUUAUUAAUGAUGUUGCAUUGACGGGGUGUUAGGGGAUCAAGGGAAGAGGAAUGCGAUGAUGGCCGUGGACUCUAGAGUCUGAUCGUUAUGUAUAUGCUGCUCUUCUAAGCUCUAGCUAGGUCUCAUAUCUAGAAAUUGGGCUCCUAGAUAGUUUGGGAGGUAUGUACUGUAUCUCUCGCCGCUUAAACUAACUAUGCACACUAGGACAUUUUUUUUUCUUUACUUCAUUCGGGUAGAGCACAUCAAGUGGGUUUGCG